AUGUACUUUUUGGCAAGACAAAUCCAGGAAUAUAUAAUGGUGCAAUACGAGUCCAUUUCUGGAAAUGAUAAAAACUGGAUCCGAGUCUAUCAGAAUCAACUAAAAGAUGAGAAUCAACUAAAAGAUGAGAAUCAACCAAAAGAUGAGAAUCAUCUAAAAGAUGAGAAUCAACUAAAAGAUGAGAAUCAACUAAAAGAUGAGAAUCAUCUAAAAGAUGAGAAUCAACUAAAAGAUGAGAAUCAAAAGCUUUUUGGCAGUAAUUUUAUAAGCUUGGGGCUUACAUUCAAAUACAUAAUAGAUCACAAAGCGGUUGGUUUAUCUUGGGAGGCAAAGGCCUGUAUUUUAUUUCAAAAAAAUUCAUGCUAUAAUAAAUCUUUUUGA